AUGUUCGCAACACUCUCUUCCUUCCUUCCUGCUUUGCAGAUGCACCAGGACAGGAAAUCUCCUGAUGCAAUCAUAGACGAGGACGUUCGUCAACCCGCCGAAGAACCCCAGGCUCAGAGCCAACCAACGGUAGACGAGGUCGGGGUCAAGAAGAGAGAGAAAAAAACAAAUGAGACAUUCAUCAUCGUGAGACCCCCGCCGGCCAAAUCAAACCACCCACUCAAUCUACAAGUUCAGCUCGUCCCCCCACAAUUCCGAGAGCGUGAACGAACUACCCUACCACGUCAAUCCAUCGACCUAUCUUCUAAUACGUCCCAUGAUCAAGAGGUCGAGCAGAAUUCUCUCACUCGAACUACCUCGAACAGAUCAGAUGUAUCUAUGUACUCAGGCUAUUCAUCCACGACAUCCUUCUCCUCCGUAGCAUCCAGCUCGACAAAUGGAUCGCGUCGUAUGAUCAUACCGCUCUACAAUCUCCAGGCUCACAACGUCAUGACGAAUGUCGUUGUCGACGCCGGAACGGACGCGAAAGUGGCCAAGUACAUGAGACGUGGACUGGAGAUAAUCAACCUUGCAAUCCUCGAACCGGUGGAGGUAUUUGGGACAAGCUCCACUCUGAGCAUUCAGGUCCCUCCACCCUCUUCUAGCACACGGACGAGCAUCGACGGCGGCCGUGACGUUCUCAAUGCCAAUUUAGAACAUCCACAUACCCCAAUGUCCUCUGUCUACUCUGUCUCGUCUGCUGGCCUAGAUACACCAGUUCCUAACUCUGCAUCAAACCCCUAUCAUGGAGACCCUCCCCCGAGUGCAUCAGGUGCCAAGAAGAUUUUUGGCAAGUUCUUCAAGAAGAAAGUUGUAUCCCAUUCCCCCUCCAGCUCAAUCACGUCUCCGCCCGUGUCCCCAUCCCCGUCACCAAUCACUUCCUCGUUUAUGAAACCUAUGCGCUCGAAGACCCUUAGCGCCCCAUCGGGUCAUCCUAAGCGCUCAUCUCUCCUCUCUGCAAGCUCCACUGUUCCACCCCUCAGUCCACCACCUGAUGGAGUCGCACCAUCUUACUACCAGCCGCCCAGUAUCAUCCUCCAACCCGCCUGCCUCGGUAUCCAGCCUUCCCUCAGCGCUCCAUCAAAUAACCCACGCGGCAGACCACAUAGCUAUGCGUGGAUCGUGCGCCGAUGGAUCAAAGGGUCGGACAAGAGCCUUCUGACCAAUAUGAUGGGCGUGAUGAACAACAUCAGCCUCUCAGACGAGCGCCGUAACUCGCGCCUGCCGCCCGAAGAUUCGGCGCAAGUCGAGGUACAGUUCAUCUGGACGCGCGGCAAGACAGGCGCACGGAAGCGAAAGGAGCAGAGCGAGUCUGCCGCGGCGGAUUUAUCGCUGCCGCGUAGCAGGAACGUGAGCCGAAGACGUAGCACGGGGUUCACUUCGUCCAAUGCAGCAUCGACAACGUCCUUGGAUAAGGCUUCGCCGGUCUUGACACUCUCGCGACAGCAGAAGCGCAUGUCUAUGGCGUCGGAUCGCCACAGUGUGUCGACCGGUGCCGAUGGCAGCGAUUUUGGCACGACAGAAGCGGGUGUGAGUCACGCGGUAGAAAUUGACGACGGUGAGGAGAGCGACCCUGAAGACUCUGAGACGCCGUGGACCUGCACGCUUAUUGUACGGCGGAUGCGAGGGAUGCGAGAAGGGGGGGAAACAGCGCAACAUCAGGCGCAGAUCCGUGUCAAGGUUGCGACGCUGUCGCCGACACCGCACCACCCUAAGGUUGUCUCAAUGCUCAAGGUGCCGUUCCCGCUGCCAGACAUCGUGGUUGACCAGAUGAAGGUGCGCCGGCGGACGUUGAACGCGCACGGGAUCGCGCGGCCGAGUUGGAUCGCAGACGGCGAGGACGGGUUGGUGCUCACGGCGGAAGAAAUCAAAGAUGUAGUCUCGUCGACGGGGCUCUGGCUCAUCGUGCGCGAGGGGAUCGGUGGUGUGGGGAAGGUAAGCCGGAAGGGGGACGGCUGGCGAAUAAGGGCGUGA